CUUCUAAUUCUAAACCAUCAGCUGCUAGAACUGUCUUGUUGAGAAUUAUAAAAUUUAAUAAAAAUAAUUGUCAAUUAAUAAUAAUUAUUUACUAAGCGGUUAUUCAAAUAAAAAAUUAAUGGCGUUGAUAUUUAUACAUUAAUUAUUACAAUAUUUAUUGAUUUGAUUUGUACAUCUGUAAAAUUAAUAAAAGAAGGUGCCAAGUUGGCAAGUUAAAAGUUGACAAUAGUUCCGCUUGUUUGGCACGCUAAUAAUCAGCGGUAAAAUAAUUUUUAACAGCUUCUGUGUAUGAUUAUUAGUUCAACGUAAAAUAUCGAGAGGUUAAACAAUACCGGCAAUAUCUUAAUGUUUUCUAUCGUUCGUAAUAGUUCUAGUAAUUAUAAUAAAAUGUUUUCGCUCACAAAAUUAGUAUUUUUGUUAUGCUGUACAGUUAAUAUUGUUAGAAUUAAAGCAGAUAUUCAACGAAAAACUGAAGCUGUUGAUCAAUUAGAUGAAAAUAAUUGGGAUCGAAUGUUAACUGGAGAAUGGAUGGUAGAAUUCUUUGCACCUUGGUGCCCGGCAUGUAAAGAGCUUGAGCCUACGUGGGCUCAUCUAGGAGAAAUGAAAGAUAAAUUAGGGAUUAAUGUAGGCAAGGUUGAUGUUACUAAUUCACCUGGAUUAAGUGGUAGAUUCAUGGUGACUGCAUUACCAACGAUUUAUCAUGUUAAAGAUGGAAUAUUUCGACAGUACAAAAGUCCUAGGGACCCUCAAGCUCUUGUCGACUUUGUUAAAUCUAAGACUUGGAUGAAGGUUGAGCCAAUUUCUAGCUGGAAGAGCCCAACUUCCACACAAAUGUCAAUUAUAAGUCAAUUCUUCAAAAUGUCACAAGUUCUCAGGGCCAUUCAUAAUCAGUUGAUGGAAGAUUUCGGCUUACCUACUUGGGGAAGUUAUCUAAUCUUUGCUGUCGCAACAAUUCUUAUUGGAGCUCUUUUAGGAUUGGUGAUUGUAUGUAUUGUUGAUUUCGUGUAUCCUCCUAAACCCGCUCGAUCACCAAAGAAGCAAAAAGAAAAAGAUUCCAAUGAAUCUGCUGAUAAAAAAUCAUCAGAUGAUGAAGAAGAAGAAAUAAUUAAUAGUAUCAAUGAUGAUCUAGAAGACGAAGAAGAAGUAACUGAUUCAGAAAAAUAUCAGGAUAAUAAAAAAAGUACAUCAGCUGCAAACAGUCCAAAUGCACGCAAACGUAAAACUCGCAAGGCUGAUUAAUAUCAAUUAAUAAAUUCUUCUUUUUUUAAUGAUAAUUAUAAACAAUUACUGCAAAACUUCUAUAAAAUUGUGGUUGUGUGAAUUUAGAUACACUACGAAAAUUAACCGUUUUAAUGAACUGAUAAUAUUUACUCUUAACUUGACUGAACAAUUAACAAAAAUGAUAAAAUAUUUUAUAAUGAUAUCAAAUAAUUAAUAAUUUAAUGUAGCAUUUUAUUUAAUUAAGGAGUUUCUGCGUGUAAUAUUUUUAAAAAAGUUUUGCUACAGCUAU